UCGUUUUUGAAGACGCCUGAAAUUCGAUGACUAUCCAAACUGCAACUAUUUAAAUAAUACAACCACAUUUGAAAGUAAUGAGUUUUGUGUUCUUAAGAUAUUCGAGUAACUAUCGGAAAGGACUUUCUUCAAAAGUCAACAAAAACUCAAGAUGGAUGCAGUCUCAGGUAAAAAGGCACCCGAGGGAACUGGAUCGGUGUCUGACCACACAUUCUGCCAGACAUGUGCGAACGAUGGCAAGGACAUCCCACCUGAUGCCUUCUGUACCGUCUGCAAGGAGUUCCUGUGUUCCAACUGUGCCCGAGUACACAGGAACAUGACGUUUACCAAAAGCCACCCUCUUCAGGACAAGAUUACCAUGCCUUCUUCACUCCAACCAGAGAGUGAGAAUAAGCAUUUUACGGAAACAUGUCAACGCCAUGCCGAAGAGUACAUAAAAUACUUUUGUCCAAAUCACGAGACACUUUUGUGUGGAGACUGCUUGGCUGAGAAAGAACACAGCUCAUGCACUAUUGAAAGGAUUUCUCAAGUGGCAAAGCGGUACAAGGAGGGCCCAAAAUACAACGGUCUGAAGGCAGGACUUGUCCAGGUGGUCAAUGAUAUCGGCAACCUUUCCGACAACAUACAAGCAAGCAUGAAAUAUAUUGAUGAAGAGAGCUUUACAAAUAUCAAUGCGCUUCGAAAGUUCAGGAAUGAUAUCAACCAAUACCUGGAUAAGAGGGAACAAGAGCUACUGGAAGAAAUUGAGCAGAAGAAACAAAAAUCACAAAGCCUGUUGAGUGAACUAAAAUCAAAUUGCCAAGACAUACAAGCUGCCACUGAGAAGCUCAAGGUCGAUCUACAAGCCAAGGAGGUCAACAGUAACCAGUUGUUCAUAUCUGGAACAAGGGCAUUUCAGGAGUUAGUCGGUUUUCAGUCAGCCCUUAAAGACAUCAGAGGUAAAAAAAAGUGUGUCAUACUUCAAGUUCACAAGGGACCCCACCACAGAACAGCUGCUGGCUUCAUGCACAGCAAUUGGCAGAGUGGACCAGGUGGCGUCAGAUUUGGCAGACCAGGUGGCGUCAGAUUUGGCAGACCAAGUGGCGUCAGAUUUGGCAGACCAGGUGGCGUCAGAUUUGGCAGGACAGCAGACAAAACCUCAGGUGUCAGCCUUAAAACAGAGCCGUGCAGACCUUAGCCAGUCCCAGUUUAGUAAGCUGCAUCACGUCCCAGUAAAGGCAUUGAAUGACACCCGUGACUGCUUCCUGGCCAGUAUGGCCCUCCUGCCAGUGGACAGGCUACUGCUGUCUGAUUGCUACAAUCGCUCAUUAAAGCUGGUUGACACCGCGAAUAAGCUGGUGUCUCAGGUGAAACUGCCAGGUGGUCCGUGGGACCUGUGUCUCCUGCCCGGGGACAGGGCAGCCGUCACUCUGCCUUGGGAGAAGAAGAUACAGUUCGUUUUUACUCAGGGAAAUGUCCCACUACAGGAUGUUGUUAAAGUGGAUGGAGAAUGUCGUGGAAUAGAUUUCUGUGAUGACAACCUGAUAGUGUCCUUUACCAACCCAGUCAAGGUUGUAUUGAUGGACAUGAAGGGAAAGGUGAAGAAGAGUGUGGACAAUGACAGCAUUGGAAAACCUUUGUUUCUGAAGCCGUGGUAUCUGACAGUGACCAGAGAGAGCCAGACUCCUCCGGCCAUAUAUGUCUCAGACUGGGACACCAACACCAUAACAAAGCUGAGCAUCUCACUAGAGGUGCUCCAGUCCUAUCAAGACCCGAUUAUGAAAUCACCACAAGGUCUGACAGCCAUUGGGGACAAUCAACUGCUCUUGUGUGAUAGGGACAGCAACAACAUCCUGUUACUGGACACGCUCACCGGCAAGAUAACCCAACUGCUGGGGAAGGAGGAGGGGAUAGAGAAGCCAUACUGUGUGGCCUACUGCUCACAGAAGAAGAUGAUCUUUGUCACCUGCAGUCUAUUAUAUAGACCUGAACUGAAGAAUUUCGUAAAAGUAUUCAACUUAGUAUAGAUCAAGCUUGCCAAUUAAUAUGAGUUAAAUCUGUAUCAUGUGUGAAGUAUUUGUUAUGUUUAAGAAUAAUUCUAAUGUAUAGUAUCAUACUGAAUAUACGCUUAUACAAUGCUUAAUUUCACAUAUCGCGUAAUUAAAUUCAUUCGAAAGUAUUUGACGGAUAAUUGACUUUUAUGUUGAAUUUUUACAGUUUUCAUAAGUGAGAAGUCGUGUAGUAAUUUGUUAUAAGACAUGAAUAUACGAGUAUGAGAAUGUGUAUUAGUAAUUGAAAUGGUAGUAGCUGAUUGUGUAUGAAUUAUACUAACAAGUUGGCUUCUUACCACAUAUAAACGAAGUUUAUGUAAAAUGUUUGAAUGUUAAGUCAAACAUUGUUAUUGUGUAAUUGAAUGAUCAAGAAUAUAGAGUUAUAGACACGGUGUUUCAUAUUUUCAUGCAGUUUUAUUUUUAGUAAAUAUGAUGUUUAUAAUGUGUUUAUAUUGAAAUUAAACAUAUAUGUACGUAUCCUUAUACAUGUAUAUUGAAUUAAUAAUUCUAUAGACAUUGACCUAAGUGUGAAUUGUUUCCAAAAAUGGAUUGAAUUAUUUAAACAGACAUAAACCAUAGUAAUAAAGGUCCCUUAUAUAUUAAUGAGUAAACAGACAUUGACCAAUGUGCAACUUGUUUCCUCAUAUAUCUAUUGAAUAAAUUAUACAAACAGCCUUUAGCUGAUUUGUAAGAGGUAUGGAAAUCGUGGAAUUCAAAGACAAUUUGUUUAGCAUAUAUCAACAUUUGUAAAAAAAAAGGUGCAACUGGCAUAGUUUAACA